AUGGAUUUAGAGUCAAAUGCUAUUUCUAUCUCUAGGAAUGUGGUAUUUCAAGAAGAUGUUUUCCCUUUUAACACUAGUUCUUUAUUGUCAUCUGCCAUAGAUAUGUUUCCUAAUUCCAUUUUACCUCUUCCUGUUCCAUUGCAUUUUGUUGAAAGCAUGCCUCUUAUUGAUGAAGAUUCAUUAGUUCCUACUCUACCAUCUGCACCAUCAUUAGAGCAUGAUCAUGGUACCAUUCCGGCUGGCACUACAUCUACGUCUGUUACAGAUCCUACUUCUGUAUCUAACGUUAGGCCAAAGAGACAAUCUAGAGCUCCUGGUUAUCUGGCCGAGUAUCAUUGCUCUCUUGUUCCUUCCAUUUCCUCUUUACCACCAACAGAUAUCCAUCUUUCUUCUCCUUCACCACCUUCCCAACCUUCCCCCACCCCACCCCUACCACCUCCUCUUCCCAUAACAUCUCUCCCUCCAUCACUUAAAAAGACUACACCUUAUCCCCUUUCCUCUGUCUGUACUCUUGACCGCUAUACACCUCUGUUCCAAUCCUAUAUCUUUUCUUAUUGUGCUGAAACAGAACCGAAAACAUUCCAUCAGGCCAUGAAAUCAGAGAAGUGGACUAAUGCAGCAAAUGAUGAGCUCUCUGCUCUUGAACUUAAUAAGACCUUUGUUGUUGAGUCUCUACCUGCAGGGAAACAUGCGAUUGGAUGCAAAUGGGUUUUUACUAUUAAGUAUAACUCCGACGGUUUUGUUGAACGGUACAAGGCACGCCUGGUUGCGCAAGGCUUCACACAGCAAGAAGGGAUCGACUAUCUUGAGACGUUUUCCCCUGUUGCGAAACUCACCAGUGUAAAGUUGCUUCUUGGCUUAGCUUCUGCGAAGGGUUGGAGCCUGACUCAAAUGGACGUCUCCAAUGCUUUUCUCCAUGGUGAUUUGGAAGAGGAAAUUUACCUCCACCAGGUGUAG